UUUCAAAUGUUGUAAAUGUCAACCAUCUUGACCGUCGUUGGUCACUGCAGUGGUUGAUGUCAAACUGUCAAAUACGUGUUAUUUGUUGUACGUGUCACUUUCGCGGCACGAAAACAAACCGUGGCUGUGUAAUUUUAUUUUGGAUUGUGUUUCGUUUGCUUCGGGUAAAAUGAUUGUAAAAUUGCGAAUAUCCCGACAUGUGAAGGAACGCAUUUGCGAUCCAUCGUUUGCACCUGCGGGCACUGGAGAAUUGUACGGUACCAUAUGCGACGGAGUGCCGACGGUAAUUGGAUUUGCACGGGUACUUAAGGAGCAGAAUGGAUCGGCAGACAAUAAUCUGCCGGGAGACACACUUGCCCCAAUUCAGCGCAGUCUCCCGAGCGGUCUGGAUCUUAUCGGCUGGGUAAAAACUGGCCCAUACGAAGAUCCAACCGAUUUUCUGCUAAAAUGUGGCCCGGAUGCAUUUGUUGCGGAUAAUCCAGUCUACUUACACUACACCGGUGAACCUGAAGCGAACCUGCAGACGUUUAUCUUUGAGCAAAGGAAGCUUCAGUCGGUAGAAUGCGUCACGUUUGAGGAUGAGUUUCUUUACCGGGAGUACUAUCUGCUUCGCCUGCGCUGCACACUAACGCUGGUGUGCGAACAGACCGAGAAAUCGGUUUGUGAAAAUGCGUUCCGUUUGCGUAAACAGCUCGGUUCGGGCAGCGUAGCGUUUACAGUACCGUCAGCUCCGGGCGUAAUGUUAAGCGACUACGCCGUGACGGGCAUCGAUAAGGAGGAAAAUGUAGAAAUGUUGUAUGCCAUGGCAACGGCACCGAAACCGGAACAGGAUGAUGGUUUCGGUGUGGCAGGCGGUGGUCGUGUGAAAGCGAAAAAACCACAAAUCAGCACAAGGCCACCGACUACCUACCGUGUAAUUGAUUUCGGGCUGUUGAUUAAAAAGUCAAAAGAUGAGCUGGAUGAAAAGCUUCGCCGGGAAGCGUGCAACGUGACGAUUGAUCGGCGAAGCGAUGACCAAACGGUGAAGGUACCGUUCCAGGUGGAUUGUCUAAGCAUGGUGCACCGGACGAAGAAGCUGGACAAAUGUUUCGACAACAUGGUGGAGAGUGUUGACUGUUCGUUGGAUUUGAUCGAGGCAGCACUGCUGGAACAGCUACGGCAUCAGCAGCGAUUGUACGUGUCGAAGUGCUAUCACAUGCUGCCGAAGGAACUCGGACAUUUUGUGACCUGUGUGUAUCCAUUCGGCGGGGAGGUGAACGAAUCGGAUUCGUUUUUGGAACGACAACGUGCAAACAUGCACAAACAGUUUUUACUAAAAAUGAAUCUACCCUAUUUCCGCAAGGGUAAUGCAUACCAAUUUCAGACAGGCAAAAUAUUGACCAACCCUCAUGAAUCGCUCAGCGUUCCACAUCCCGACGGUCGAACAGCGCUAGUGGCUGGCGUUUACACCUAUCACCAUUACCUGCAGGAUGACUUCGAUGAUAAGGGCUGGGGAUGUGCGUACCGAUCAUUGCAAACGCUCGUCUCGUGGUUUAAUCUGCAAGGUUAUAGCACCGGAAAGAUUCCUACGCACAAUGACAUACAAUCGUGCCUGGUGCGCGUCGGUGACAAGCAGCGAAAUUUCAUCGGUUCACGCCAAUGGAUCGGUUCGACCGAAGUGUCAAUCUGUCUGAACGAUAUGCUCGGUAUCGAUUCGCGCAUUAUGUUCGUAACGCAUGGCAGCGAGCUGGCGUCACGCGGUAUGGAGCUGCUGCAACAUUUCCAACAGGAGGGCACUCCCAUUAUGAUCGGUGGCGGCGUACUAGCCCAUACCAUUCUUGGUGUAUCGAUGAACGCUGAACUGGGGGAGACCAAAUUUUUGAUCUUAGAUCCACAUUACACCGGUACGGAUGAGCUAGGACCGGUGCUCGGGAAAGGAUGGUGCGGCUGGAAAGGGAAAGAUUUUUGGGACAAAAGCUCACACUAUAACCUAUGCAUGCCAAUACGUCCGAAGCGAUUGUAAGAUACCGAUCGGGUUUGAAAUGGAACAAUUUUGUCAAAACCCAUGGAAAUGAUAUUACAUUAGUACAUGGCUAAAUAUUGGUA